AUAUGUGUAUUUAUUUUCUAUUACAAAACUGGGUUACUUCUGAUAGGUUCUAGAAGACCGAGAUAAUACAAUUGUAGAUUUCAAAAAAUAUUCUUAGGUAAAUCUGGUCAUUGUGAAUGUAACACAAUGGGGAAGAGCCAUAAAAACCAGGCGCAAGGAGAUUAUUAAAGAAACAAGUACAAUAACAUGGACAUGAGGUGAUUUUGCCACAGACAAAAUGGUGAACUAUAUUUAAAUAUUACCUUAUCUGAUAUGUACAUAUAUAACAUGCAAGAUCUCAGAACCCUUUGGGAUGUUACACUAGGAAUCUGUUUUUCUGAAGGGUAAAUAGGCUCUGUCUUUUCAUGAAAUAAUAAUUUUUAUGACAUUUCCUAGUGCCUAUAAAAAUCAUAUAAUACAGAAAAAUAUAAAGUAAUGAAAAUCACCUAGAAUUCCCCAUGCAGAGCCAUCUACUGUUAACAUUUGGGUAAACAUUCUUCUAGAAAUGUAUAUUCUCUCGCUCAGUCUGUGUGUGUAUGCAUGGGUGUGUACGUGUGUGUUUAUAAACACACACAUAUUUUUACAUAUAUCCUAGGGGCCAGCAAACUUAAGCAGCUGCCUGUUUCUGUAAAUAAAGUUUUAUUGGAACAUAGCCAUGCUCACUGUUUUACACAUGUCCCUGGCUACUUUUGCACUACAAUAGGAGAGUUGAGUAAUAUGACAGAGACUAUACAACCCACAAAACUUAAAAUGUUUACUACCUGACCUUUUACAACUAAAAGCUUGCCAACCUCUGAUACACAGCAAUCAUUCCACACAUGCUGUAUUGUAACCUGUUUUUUCACUCAACAAUGUAUCAUUAACAUUUUUAUAGAUCAAUAAAUAUAGAUCUACAUCAUUUAAUGGCUGUGUGGUAUUUCUUUAUAUAAAGGAAUCACAGCUUGUUUAAUAGAUUUCUUGAAUAUUUAGAGCUCGAAUUCUUCUAUGAUAUAAUGAAUGCUGCCAUAAACAUCCCUACAUGUGGCUGGGCGCGGUGACUCAUGCCUGUAAUCCCUGCACUCUCGGAGGCCGAGGCGGGCAGAUUACCUGAGGUCGGGAGUUUAAGACCAGCCUGACCAACAUGGUGAAACCCCAUCUCUACUAAAAAUACAAAAUUAGCCAGGCAAGGUGGUGCAUGCCUGUAAUCCCAGCUACUCAGGAGGCUGAGGCAGGAGAAUCGCUUGAACCUGGGAGGUGGAAGUUGCGGUGAGCCAAGAUCACACCAUUGCACUCCAGCCUGGACAACAAGAGUGAGACUCCGUCUCAAAAAAAAAAAAAAAUCCUUACAUGUACAUCUUACCACACCUCACCACACUCGAAUAUCUCCUUAAAAUAAAUUCCUACCUAUGGUACUAUGGGAACAAAAGCUCCAUUUCUUCUAUCUUUGAUACAUAUUUCCAAACUGCUUUCCAGAAUGAACUGAAGUAAUUUUCAUUUUAUCAAUAGAGAAUGAAAGUGCUCAUUUUUCCCUAUUCCUUUGCCAAUCCUGAAGAUAAUCAAGUAUUUUGAAUCUUUGGAAAAAAGAUAUAUAGGUUUUUUCCAUCUAUAUUAUUUGAUUCUUAAUGAGGUAUAACACCUUUCAUGAUUAUUGGCCAUUUGUGUUUCUUUGUGCAUUGCACUACUUUAUAUUUACAUAAUAAUGUACUUUGUAUACUUUACCAUUUUUAUGCUGGAAUGUUUCUUAAUUACUAAGUAUACUUAUAUGUUAAAUAACAAAUAUCUACUGAAGCUAAAAGCGUAGAGAAUAUGACUGAGGAAAAAACAGGUAUGGUUUCUGCCUUCACAAUGACAAUUCAGUUAAAAAAAAAAGGUAGUUAUCAUUUUGUCUGAGAUAUAAAAUGCAAAGAUCUUACCAAAAUUCAGUGAAUUUUUUCAUGAACACUUAAGAAGAACAACAUUCUGAACAAGUCAAACCAAUUCAUUUGAAAACUAAUCUAUUCAUGGGAAAACUAAGCUAGUCUUUAGAGCCUGUACCUUAAGAAUUCUACUAACCAAGUUCUUAAAGAUCCUAAAACAUUAAUGCUAGUUUUCUUUGUGAUUCAAAUAAUCAUUUCUUCAUUUUUCUAAUGCUUAUCCCCCUCAAACAAUAUAGAAAAAACGAAGGAAAAAGUAAAACCAUCUGAAACCCUCCAUACAAACAUCCUUUUAUGUUUACUUCUCCUCAUGAAUUUUUGUAUAUAUCUCAUAACUGAAGCAUAUAGCAGGGAAUAAGGAUAAUAAAAAAGCUAAGCAAAGAAUGAAAAAUUAAGAGAGCCAGGAAGUCAGGGAGAUAUGUGCAGAGAGCAGGAGAAUAUAAUAAAAUAACUAUUUGAGAUUUCUUUUGGGGUUACUAAAAAAAGGCAGUUAAGAAUUGAAUUUCAUACACAAAAUUACAUUUCAAAAUUCUAUAAUGCCUUGUUGGACUUUGCAAAAUAAAACAAAUAAAAAAGCACCCUUGCAUCUAAAUUCAUAGAUGCCAAACAAAUAUAAUUGUAUAUGAAAGAAUGUAAAGAAAUUCUAAACACUCUUUCAUUACCUGUUAUAAAAUCUGAGAAAAGCAAGCUACCAUAUACUUAUAGUCCUUGCAAAAUGCACAAGGGAAAUUGAUAAUCAAACACCACUGAUGACAGACAUUUAUAUCAGUUUCACAUAACUGUUCCUAAUUAUAAAUCUAGAUAUACAUUCCAGGAUUAUCUACAAGUAUGUACUCCUAUUAAUACUUAUUGCACUUACAUAUGCACAUUGAAAGGAGAUACGCCCUUUCACCUUUUAUGUACUACUCAGAAAUAUUAGAGUAUCACCAGCUGCCAUAAAGGUCACACUGAAUUUUGGGUGCUAACUGUGGCAGACUUAUAUGUACAUGAUUUAAUUUUAAAAUAAGAAUGCCACUUUAAAUCUUCAUUCUAAUAAUUCCUCCCACUUAAAUGGAAACCAAAAGUCUACUAAUAGGCCAUAUUUACACAUACUCCUCCAUCUAUGCAAAAUGUGAUUGGUAUAUACAGCAUGUGAAACUUGAUAGAGAAAUUAGCUAGUUGAGACCUCCAGUCAAGUUUGAUCUCUAGUACAUAGCCACCACAUGGUUCCACUGACUCUAUUAAGAGUAGAGCUGCGGCCCAGACGCCCGGGCUUGACCGCCGCGAAGGCCAACCCCGGGAAGGGGGGUAUGUUCUGUCUUGUGCUUUUUCUUUUAGAAGCUACUAAAGGGUGUUGGGGAUGCUUCUGACUAUUAUGAAGGCCAAAAGGCCUGUUGACUGGGGCUGCUUUUAACCCUUUCCUAUUUGCUGAGAAUGCAGCCGUGUGACAGUAACUGAACAUUGGUCUAAAGUCUUUCCAAAAGGUCAAGGUUCACAAGAACAUCUGCUCAAAUUAAUGACCAUGGGGGAUAUGAAGACCCCAGACUUUGAUGACCUCCUGGCAGCAUUUGACAUCCCAGAUAUGGUCGAUCCUAAAGCAGCUAUUGAGUCUGGACACGAUGACCAUGAAAGCCACAUGAAGCAGAAUGCUCACGGAGAGGACGACUCCCACGCACCAUCAUCUUCUGACGUGGGUGUCAGCGUUAUCGUCAAGAAUGUUCGGAACAUUGACUCUUCCGAGGGCGGGGAGAAAGACGGCCACAACCCCACUGGCAAUGGCUUACAUAAUGGGUUUCUCACAGCAUCCUCCCUUGACAGUUACAGUAAAGAUGGAGCAAAGUCCUUGAAAGGAGAUGUGCCUGCCUCUGAGGUGACGCUGAAAGACUCGACAUUCAGCCAGUUUAGCCCGAUCUCCAGUGCUGAAGAGUUUGAUGACGACGAGAAGAUCGAGGUGGAUGACCCCCCUGACCAGGAGGACGUGCGAUCAAGCUUCAGGUCGAAUGUGUUGACGGGGUCGGCUCCCCAGCAGGACUACGAUAAGCUGAAGGCACUCGGAGGGGAAAACUCCAGCAAAACUGGACUCUCUACGUCAGGCAAUGUGGAGAAAAACAAAGUUGUUAAGAGAGAAACAGAAGCCAAUUCUAUAAACCUGAGUGUUUAUGAACCUUUUAAAGUCAGAAAAGCAGAGGAUAAAUUGAAGGAAAGCUCUGACAAGGUGCUGGAAAACAGAGUCCUAGAUGGGAAGCCGAGCUCCGAGAAGAAUGACACCAGCCUCCCCACCGUUGCGCCAUCAAAGACAAAGUCGUCCUCCAAGCUCUCGUCCUGCAUCGCUGCCAUCGCGGCUCUCAGCGCUAAAAAGGCGGCUUCAGACUCCUGCAAAGAACCAGUGGCCAAUUCGAGGGAAUCCUCCCCGUUACCAAAAGAAGUAAAUGACAGUCCGAGAGCCGCUGACAAGUCUCCUGAAUCCCAGAAUCUCAUCGACGGGACCAAAAAACCAUCCCUAAAGCAACCGGAUAGUCCCAGAAGCAUCUCAAGUGAGAAUAGCAGCAAAGGAUCCCCGUCCUCUCCCUCAAGGUCCACACCAGCAAUCCCCAAAGUCCGCAUAAAAACCAUUAAGACAUCUUCUGGGGAAAUCAAGAGAACAGUGACCAGGGUAUUGCCAGAAGUGGAUCUUGACUCUGGAAAGAAACCUUCCGAGCAGACAGCGUCCGUGAUGGCCUCUGUGACAUCCCUUCUGUCGUCUCCAGCAUCAGCCGCCGUCCUUUCCUCUCCCCCCAGGGCGCCUCUCCAGUCUGCGGUCGUGACCAAUGCAGUUUCCCCUGCAGAGCUCACCCCCAAACAGGUCACAAUCAAGCCUGUGGCUACUGCUUUCCUCCCGGUGUCUGCUGUGAAGACGGCAGGAUCCCAAGUCAUUAAUUUGAAGCUCGCUAACAACACCACGGUGAAAGCCACGGUCAUAUCUGCUGCCUCUGUCCAGAGUGCCAGCAGCGCCAUCAUUAAAGCUGCCAACGCCAUCCAGCAGCAAACUGUCGUGGUGCCGGCAUCCAGCCUGGCCAAUGCCAAACUCGUGCCAAAGACUGUGCACCUUGCCAACCUUAACCUUUUGCCUCAGGGUGCCCAGGCCACCUCUGAACUCCGCCAAGUGCUAACCAAACCUCAGCAACAAAUAAAGCAGGCAAUAAUCAAUGCAGCAGCCUCACAACCCCCCAAAAAGGUGUCUCGAGUCCAGGUGGUGUCGUCCUUGCAGAGUUCUGUGGUGGAAGCUUUCAACAAGGUGCUGAGCAGUGUCAAUCCAGUCCCUGUUUACAUCCCAAACCUCAGUCCUCCCGCCAAUGCAGGGAUCACGUUACCGACGCGUGGGUACAAGUGCUUGGAGUGUGGGGACUCCUUUGCACUUGAAAAGAGUCUGACCCAGCACUACGACAGACGGAGCGUGCGCAUCGAAGUAACGUGCAACCAUUGUACAAAGAACCUCGUUUUUUACAACAAAUGCAGCCUCCUUUCCCAUGCCCGUGGGCAUAAGGAGAAAGGGGUGGUAAUGCAAUGCUCCCACUUAAUUUUAAAGCCAGUCCCAGCAGAUCAAAUGAUAGUUUCUCCGUCAAGCAAUACUUCCACUUCAACUUCCACUCUACAGAGCCCUGUGGGAGCUGGCACACACACUGUCACAAAAAUUCAGUCUGGCAUAACUGGGACAGUCAUAUCGGCUCCUUCAAGCACUCCCAUCACCCCAGCCAUGCCCCUAGAUGAAGACCCCUCCAAACUGUGUAGACAUAGUCUAAAAUGUUUGGAGUGUAAUGAAGUCUUCCAGGACGAGACAUCACUGGCUACACAUUUCCAGCAGGCUGCAGAUACGAGUGGACAAAAGACUUGCACUAUCUGCCAGAUGCUGCUUCCUAACCAGUGCAGUUAUGCAUCACACCAGAGAAUCCAUCAGCACAAAUCUCCCUACACCUGCCCUGAGUGUGGGGCCAUCUGCAGGUCGGUGCACUUCCAGACCCACGUCACCAAGAACUGUCUGCACUACACGAGGAGAGUUGGUUUUCGAUGUGUGCAUUGCAAUGUUGUGUACUCUGAUGUGGCUGCUCUGAAGUCUCACAUUCAAGGUUCUCACUGUGAAGUCUUCUACAAGUGUCCUAUUUGUCCAAUGGCGUUUAAGUCUGCCCCAAGCACACAUUCCCACGCCUACACACAGCAUCCUGGCAUCAAGAUAGGAGAACCAAAAAUAAUAUAUAAGUGUUCCAUGUGCGACACUGUGUUCACCCUGCAAACCUUGCUGUAUCGCCACUUUGACCAACACAUUGAAAACCAGAAGGUGUCUGUUUUCAAGUGUCCAGACUGUUCUCUUUUAUAUGCACAGAAGCAACUUAUGAUGGACCAUAUCAAGUCUAUGCAUGGAACAUUGAAAAGUAUUGAAGGGCCUCCAAACUUGGGUAUAAACUUGCCUUUGAGCAUUAAGCCUGCAACUCAAAAUUCAGCAAAUCAGAACAAAGAGGACACCAAAUCCAUGAAUGGGAAAGAGAAAUUGGAAAAGAAAUCUCCAUCUCCUGUGAAAAAAUCAAUGGAAACCAAGAAAGUGGCCAGUCCUGGGUGGACGUGUUGGGAGUGUGACUGCCUGUUCAUGCAGAGAGAUGUGUACAUAUCCCACGUGAGGAAGGAGCACGGGAAGCAAAUGAAGAAACACCCCUGCCGCCAGUGUGACAAGUCUUUCAGCUCGUCCCACAGCCUGUGCCGGCACAACCGGAUCAAGCACAAAGGCAUCAGGAAAGUGUACGCCUGCUCGCACUGCCCAGACUCCAGACGUACUUUUACCAAACGUUUGAUGCUGGAGAAGCACGUCCAGCUGAUGCAUGGCAUCAAGGACCCUGACCUGAAAGAAAUGACAGAUGCCACCAAUGAGGAGGAAACAGAAAUAAAAGAAGACACUAAGGUCCCCAGUCCCAGGCGGAAGUUGGAAGAACCAGUUCUGGAGUUCAGGCCUCCCCGAGGAGCAAUCACUCAACCACUGAAAAAGCUGAAAAUCAAUGUUUUUAAGGUUCACAAGUGUGCCGUGUGUGGCUUCACCACCGAAAACCUGCUGCAAUUCCACGAACACAUCCCUCAGCACAAAUCGGAUGGUUCUUCCUACCAGUGCCGGGAGUGUGGCCUCUGCUACACAUCUCACGUCUCUCUGUCCAGGCACCUCUUCAUUGUACACAAGUUAAAGGAACCUCAGCCAGUGUCCAAGCAAAAUGGGGCUGGGGAAGAUAACCAACAGGAGAACAAACCCAGCCACGAGGAUGAAUCCCCUGAUGGCGCCGUGUCAGACAGAAAGUGCAAAGUGUGCGCAAAAACUUUUGAAACUGAAGCUGCCUUAAAUACUCACAUGCGGACACACGGCAUGGCCUUCAUCAAAUCCAAAAGGAUGAGCUCAGCCGAGAAAUAGCCACAGAUGCUCCAUGAGGAAAAUCCCUGUCCACAUUGGAAUAAAAAAGACAUUUUUGUUACAAAAAGUUUGCAGUAUAAUAGAGUUAACAGUACUGUCUAGGCUGUUGCAAUAUAUUCUCUUUCAACGUACCUUCCUUCACCUCGUCGUAUAUAUCCUCGAUAAGUAUUAAAACAGUAUUUGAGUUUAAAAGAGUUUGUAUAUAUUUAAAUGAAUAACUUUUUAUACUCUUUGUUACAUGUUUGUAUCAGUAUUUAGUGGAAAACCAUUUGAGUUGUUUUGGGUUAGAAUUUUUCUUUUUGUACUGUUUCUUUAAAACAGAGUUCUUAGUAACAGGGGCAGUUCCUGAAUUCAAAUAAACCAUUUUGUAUGUUUGGAUUUUGAAUGGGUUAACUAAUUACAGGCUAAAAUAAUGCCUUUUUUAGUGUUUUUAAUUUUUAGAAUUCACUACAUAAAUUGUAAGUAAUUGUGGGUCUCAAAAACCCUAGGAACUUUUAAGUGUCUUAGCACUUCCUCGAUGUGCCUGCCCUGAGGGAGUGAGUUCACAUUUGAGACAACUGCACUCCAGUGUGGACGUGCCUUUGUCUUCAGGCCAUGCCGAAGGGUGUUUAAAGCAGUCUUGCAGGUCGCUCCUUUCCCAGCCGUGGAUAAAAACUGAAGCUAGGAAUCUAAUAAGGAAUGCUGAUUUCCUCAGUUCCAUUUUGAGGAAUGGGGAAGGCUAUCAAUCAUUCUAAAGAAAAAAAUGGGAUUUGUUUUCUCGGCAGAUCUGCAAGGCUGGCUUUAAGAGCACAAGGAGGGAAAGUAACGAAAGGGCUGGACUACUAUAAAAGUUACAAAUAUGUAGUUAGACCAAUAGAUUUAUAUAGUCAGGUUUUUGUCAUGUAAUUUAUUAACUAUUACAGAAACACAACUAAGAAUAUCAAGUAUUUCUCUGGCUCUUGACAGAAAAAAAUCAGUUGACUUAACCCUUUGCUGUCAAAAGAGUUGGCGUUUCCUGUUCUGGGUGCUACUGCCAAACGUUCUGGUACUUAGAGUCGGGAUGCACAACUUCAACCACCGACUUAUCAAUGCAGCCACCUGUGUAUUGCAAUUGGCCGUUACCUUAAGCACUGAGCCACCCGGGUUUAGUUCAGCCAUUUCAAGAAGUAUAUUUAACGUCAGUAGUUCUGCUUUAUUAAAAUGCAGCAGAGGUACUCUUCUGUCCCUUCCGUUUAUAGUUCUCUGAGAGAGUUCUAUUUUUUGGUUUUGUUUUGUGUUUUCUUUUGCAUUUUGUAUCUUGUAUUUAUCCCUGAACAUGUUUUGUACUUUUUUUUUUUUUUAAGAAAAGGAAUUCUUUUGUGUAUAUAUAGAUACUUGCAUGAUAUACUGUAGUCAACGUUCGGUUCCUCGAAAGGUCUUGCUGCUGUCAGGUGUUAUGCACUCCAUCCAUCAUAACUGUAUGAAACACAUUUCAUAUGUAAAUAAACGUGGGACAUUUGGCCCUUGUGCUUCUGUGAGAGAAUUAUUGAUGGUGGGUC